AUGGGUUCUCUUGGUACUACAAGCAAAGGGAAAGGGAAGGAGAGGAUGGUUGAACCAGAGAUGAUCAUUUCGCCAGGAAGUGGAAUAGGUUCAAGUGGAGAAGCUAGAGAGGGAGGGGAGCAGGAUCAGGAAUGGGAAGUCAAGCCGUAUAAAAUUCAUGUUUCGAGCAAAUACCUUACUCUUACUCACAAGAAGUUGGAGUUGACAAGACUGCCUCAUGAAUUGCUGGUUCCAAAAGAGAGGGAGAGGGAAUACGGUGUUCCCAAGAGUGAAAUAGAACCACUAAUAGAUUUUUGGACAGAAACAUAUUCAUGGCGAGAGCAAGAAGCAUAUCUGAACAUCAGAGUGCCUCAGUUUCGUGUUGCUCUGCCUUUACCAGCGAGCUCAAGUCCACCACUUCGCGUUCAUUUCGUUCACCUCAAAUCCCAACACAGUAACUCCGUCCCGUUACUCGUCGUUCCUAGCUUUCCAGUUACGAACCUCAGUCUCACGCAAAUAUUUGAGCCUCUGACGAACCCUCCAAAUCCUAGAAGCGAGCAACCAUUCCAUAUUGUUGUCCCUUCGAUACCUGGGCUAGGUUUCAGCGACCCAUUUUCCGUUCCAGAAGCGGAAAAGGACGUGAUGAGGCAUACCGCAGGUCUGUUCGAUGCACUGAUGAAUCGACUUGGAUACGAAUUUUAUCUAGUUACAGCAACCGGAAGCGGAAUAUCAAGUGCUGCAGCUGUAGAUUAUCACCUGCCCCGAAUUAUCGCAGAAACAUUUCCAGAAAGAUGUUUAGGCGCGCACUUGCUCGACCCUGUCGCCGAAGUACCAAGGGUUGCGAAAGAACCUGUCUUAUGGGCGAAAUGGAAUGUCGCGAAAUUCUUUCACGCAAAUGCUUUCGGUUAUACUGGAGAGGAUUGGAAAGCUCUGAAAACAUACGAAGCGAAGGCAAGAGCCGCCAAAUCGACGAAUGGAGCCGAUCGACUUCCUUCGAAGCGAAGACGAGAAGUCAAAGGAUAUGGCGUUAUGAGUGCGCUUGGCCUGCGGGAGCCUAACACCUUAUCAUAUGCUCUAUGCGACUCACCUGUGGGACUGUUGAGUGUUGUUUGCAGUACGCUCAGGAAAAGAAGUCCAUCGCAUCAGCUGAGUGACACACAGAUCAUCGAUCUUACACAGCUUGCCUGGUUACCGGGUGUAGAAGCUGGCGCAAGAUUCUGGUCGACAGCAGUGAAAGAAGCGGCGAACGAAGUAAAGAAGUCUGCGUCCAGAACACGGGUUGCAAUUACAGUGUUUGGUGUGGAUGGACUUGAUUCACGUGGUUAUCUCUGUCCGGCUUGGACUUUCAAUAGACACGAUGUGGUGUUUACUCAAAGAAUACCUGGGAAGCCUGGGUUGGUUCCAUUUGAGAGGAUAGAUGUAGUGGUGGCUGGUAUUCGAGGACUGGCUAUGGAGAUAAAGAGGUUCGAUCCGAGAAUAGUGGUCUCACCGUUAGAAGAAGCUGUCGUCCCUAAGACCGUCCAUGAAGUGGCUACCCCCGAUGAAGAUGGGCAUGGUAUGCAGCUAGAAGUUGAAAGUCCUGACACUGUGGUCGCUUUUGAGACAACUCGUUCAUCUCGGGGCCGCCCCUGA